AUGGAUCACGCAGCUGAUGAGGUCCACGAACAGCCUAAAGAAGCAACUGUUGAUGAUGAAGUUGUUGAUGUCGAGGGUUUUCCAAGCGGACUGCACGACACAUCAGUUCUGAAUGGCUAUGCUAAUCAUGUUGCAGUCAUUGUUUGGAAUAGAGAGGGACUUAUAUCGGUUUUUGCGGAGAGAUGGCAUAAUGAAAUUAGCAGUUUCCAUCUUCCUGUAGUAGAGGUGACUAUCACCCUCAAUGAUGUGGCCUUUUUGCUUCAUCUGCCCAUCACAGGCGCAUUCCAUAGCUUUGAGACUGUUCAUGUUGAGGAAGUGGUGUUGCUAUUAGUCGAAUUACUUGAGGUUGCACUCUUUUUUCUAACAAGAGUGCAACACACGUGCAUGUGGUCUUCCUGGACACCUUUCAAGACCUCACCCAGAGUGGAAGCUACGCAUAUGUACGACAAUUUGAAUGAUGUGUCUAAAAAUAGUGACAGACAAUUUGCAGGAUAUAUCACACUAUUACAGAUUAUCAUGAGAGGAAACCGCGUGCCUACCGCUGGAACUCUAGAAGGAAUUACCAGUGUCAACUUGUUUUCAUACACCAACCAGAGAGGGUUGUGCGGCAGUUUGGGUAAUGUUCAGAACAUUCCUCCAUACUCUCCAGCAUCAAGAUUAAGCUUUGAAUAUAUUGAUGACAAAUGGAUGGAUUUUUCUGAGUACCUUGCACUGGUGGGUCAGAUUUGUGUUGUGCUGGGACAGUGUGUAGCAAACUACAUCGACUGGUUCUACAUGAUUUAUCAUCCCUUGAUUAGACCGACACAGCCCAAGGAUCCAACUAGACAUCAACCUGUCGUGCAAGAUGACACAUAUGUUGAACCAGAUAUUCCUCAGUACUCGGUGGCAGCUGCAGCUGUGGAGGAAGCACCUGCAGAUGCACCUUCUCAUGUAGAGCAGCCUCAACAUGCAGUGGAUGUUUGCCAAGCAAUAGCUGAAAGGUUAGAAUGGUUGUUGAAUCUGAAGAUAGUGAUAGAAGUUAUAGAAGCAUACAGUGUCAUGGAAGGCUGCCUAAGGAUCGCUAGAGGUGUCACUACGAAACGCAAUGUAUAUGUGUGA